AUGGAAGGCUGCGCAGGGUGUGCGGGCUCCGGCGCCGACGUGCAGCAGCAGCUGCCGCUCGACCCGCAGGCCAACUCAAAGCUGCUGGCGCUCUGCGCAGCCCAGAUGUUGGGUUCGGUGGCCACCCUGAUCCACGAGACUUACCUCCCUGUCUACCUGGCCGAUGAGCUGCACCUCAGCCGCACCAGCAUAGGCAAUCUUCAGGGAGCGGCGCAGCUUCUGGCCAAGGCGUCUGCCGGCGUCAGCGGCGCCCUGGCCGACCUGGCGUCCCCGGCUCGCAUGGUGCUGCUGGGCGCGGCGCUGACCGCGGCCAACAAGCCAAUGUAUGCGGCAUGCGGGGCGGUGCAUGCGGCCCUGGGCGCCACCUCCUGCCUCUACUGGAUAGCCUUUGCCAAGAUCUUUGAUCGCCUCGCAAAGGGCGUGCGCGAGGCGCCGUCCAAGGCGCUCAUCGGAGAGCUGGCCGCCGCAUCCGGCGACAGCCCCGCCGCCGCCUUUGGCCUGCGCCAGUCGCUGGCCACGCUGGGCGCGCUGGGCGGCGCGCUGGCCGCCGGCGCAGCCCUCAGGCUCACGCGCCGCAACUAUCCGCUCACCUUUGCGCUCUCAACCGUUCCUGCUGCGCUGGCGCUGGCGCUGCUGGUGGCCGCGUUUGGCAGCAGCAGCGGCAGCCGCGCAGGGCAGCAUGUCGGCGGGGCGGGGCCAGCCAGCGUGGCAGGCCCGGCAGGCUGCGCCGAGGCUGGCGGCGGCGGCGAUAAGGCGGCGGCGCUGGGCCCGCUGGGCAGGGCCCGUGCGCUGCUGGGCGCGCUGCGCCCCGCCUACUGGCAGGCGCUGGCCACGGUGGCGCUCCUCUACAUGGCGCGCUUUGACGCCGGCUUUGCGGUUCUGAGGGCCAAGGAGGUGGCGGGCAGUGGCAGCCUGCCGUGGCUGAUCCCGGUGGCAAUGGUGACGCAGGGGGCGCUGGCGGCGCCCGCAGGGAUGCGAGCCAAGGCCGGCGUGGCGGCCCGCAACUCUGUGCUGCUGGCGGGGCUGGGGGCGCUCGUCGCUGCAGACUGCUGCUUCGCCUUCUGGCCCUCGGCGGCAGGCAUGCUGGCGGCCGCUGUGCUGCUGGGUUGCCACAUGGCGCUGACUCAUGGCGUGUUCCUGGGCAUGCUGGCCUCCUACAUCCCCUCCCGCCCGGUGCCGGGCCUGGGCAGGGUCAGCGGUACCGCCUGGUCCCUCACCGACCUGCUGCUGGGCCUGGUGCUGGCGGCGUCCAGCUCCCUGGCGGGCCGCCUGUCCGACCUGACAGCGCGGCGCGGCCUGGGGGGCAUCGGCUGCUUCCUGGGCGGGGCGGUGGCCUGCAGCCUGUCGGCAGCCGCCCUGCUGUUGUUCACCGCCUGUGGGGACCUGGGCGCUCAGGCGGCGACCGACAUGGACGGCGGCGGCCUGGGAGCGGCGGCGCCGGCAGCAGCACGGACAGAGCCAGCGGUCGCCUAG